GCCUGCGCCUCCAUCUUGCCGUACGGCGCGGACGCCGCGGGCCGGCCCACGUCCCGAGCCGUGUCGCCGCCGCGCUCCCUCCCUCGGGGCGGUCCGCGGGCGGGCGGGCGGCUAGGGCCGGGGCCUGGCUGCGCGGCUGGGCCAAGGCCCGCGAUGGUGAUCUGCUGUGCGGCCGUGAACUGCUCCAACCGGCAGGGAAAGGGCGAGAAGCGCGCCGUCUCCUUCCACAGGUUCCCCCUAAAGGACUCAAAACGUCUAAUCCAAUGGUUAAAAGCUGUUCAGAGGGAUAACUGGACUCCCACUAAGUAUUCAUUUCUCUGUAGUGAGCAUUUCACCAAAGACAGCUUCUCCAAGAGGCUGGAGGACCAGCAUCGCCUGCUGAAGCCCACGGCCGUGCCAUCCAUCUUCCACCUGACCGAGAAGAAGAGGGGGGCUGGAGGCCAUGGCCGCACCCGGAGAAAAGAUGCCAGCAAGGCCACAGGGGGUGUGAGGGGACACUCGAGUGCCGCCACCAGCAGAGGAGCUGCAGGUUGGUCACCGUCCUCGAGUGGAAACCCGAUGGCCAAGCCAGAGUCCCGCAGGUUGAAGCGAGCUGCUCUGCAGGGUGAAGCCGCACCCAGGGCGGCCCAGGAGGCCGCCAGCCAGGAGCAGACCCAGCAAGCUCUGGAACGAACUCCAGGAGAUGGACUGGCCACCACGGUGGCAGGCAGCCAGGGAAAAGCAGAAGCAUCUGCCACAGAUGCUGGCGAUGAGAGCACCACCUCCUCCAUCGAAGGGGGCGUGGCAGAUAAGAGUGGCAUUUCCAUGGAUGACUUUACGCCCCCAGGAUCUGGGGCGUGCAAAUUUAUCGGCUCACUUCAUUCGUACAGUUUCUCCUCCAAGCACACCCGAGAAAGGCCAUCUGUCCCCCGAGAGCCUAUUGACCGCAAGAGGCCGAAGAAAGAUGUGGAACCAAGCUGCAGUGGGAGCAGCCUGGGGCCCGACAAGGGCCUGGCCCAGAGCCCCCCCAGCUCAUCACUUACCGUGACACCGCAGAAGCCUUCCCAGAGCCCCUCUGCCCCUCCUGCCGACGUCACCCCGAAGCCAGCCACGGAAGCUGUGCAGAGCGAGCACAGCGACGCCAGCCCCAUGUCCAUCAACGAGGUCAUCCUGUCGGCGUCAGGGGCCUGCAAGCUCAUCGACUCACUGCACUCCUACUGCUUCUCCUCCCGGCAGAACAAGAGCCAGGUGUGCUGCCUGCGGGAGCAGGUGGAGAAGAAGAACGGCGAGCUGAAGAGCCUGCGGCAGAGGGUCAGCCGCUCCGACAGCCAGGUGCGGAAGCUACAGGAGAAGCUGGAUGAGCUGAGGAGAGUGAGCGUCCCCUACCCGAGUGGCCUGCUGUCGCCCAGCCGCGAGCCCCCCAAGAUGAACCCAGUGGUGGAGCCACUGUCCUGGAUGCUGGGCACCUGGCUGUCGGACCCACCUGGAGCUGGGACCUACCCCACACUGCAGCCCUUCCAGUACCUGGAGGAGGUUCACAUCUCCCACGUGGGCCAGCCCAUGCUGAACUUCUCGCCAGUGCCUGGGCUUCCCAUCCCCAACUUCCCGUCCAGGUUCAACUCCUUCCACCCGGACACGCGCAAGCCGAUGCACAGAGAGUGUGGCUUCAUUCGCCUCAAGCCGGACACCAACAAGGUGGCCUUUGUCAGCGCCCAGAACACAGGUGUGGUGGAAGUGGAGGAGGGUGAGGUGAACGGGCAGGAGCUGUGCAUCGCAUCCCACUCCAUCGCCAGGAUCUCCUUCGCCAAGGAGCCCCACGUAGAGCAGAUUACCCGGAAGUUCAGGCUGAAUUCUGAAGGCAAACUUGAACAGACAGUCUCCAUGGCAACCACUACACAGCCAAUGACUCAGCAUCUUCACGUCACCUACAAGAAGGUGACCCCGUAAACCUAGAGUUCUGGAGCCCUCAGGAGGGCCUGGCUACUGUGUCUCAACGGUUCGGCUCCUCGGCAGACAGUCCCUGCAGCAGAAGUGGGUGUGGCCGUGAGCCUCUGCGGGCUCAAGAGUGUUGUCCAGAUGUUUCUGUACUGGCAUAGAAAAACCAAAUAAAAGGCCUUUAUUUUUAUGGCUGAGGAUUUUGAAUAUUA